AUGUUCAGGACUGAUAGACAUCCAGAAGACAGAGUCAUCUUUGCUGAUGGUUCUCGAUUCUAUAUGGGCGGGACUUAUGUGACGGGUUUUGCUCUACUGGAUGAGACCAAAGGUACCCAGAGUCUUGUCAGCAUACCAGGUCACAUGUCGGCACAGAUGGCAGAACUGGAGGCGGUCAAGGAAGCUCUGCUUCUUCAACCCCAAGGGAAACUAACUAUAUACAGCGACAGUUCAUAUGUAGUUUUUUCUCUCACCCUGAACCUGGACACAUGGAAAAGACAAGGAUUUGUGGACAGCCAAAACAAAGCUCUGGCACAUUUGUCAGUCCUGAAGGAACUAUGGGAAUGGGGCAUGGCACACAUGGCGAAAGCAGCCAUCAUUAAAAUCCCUGCACAUCAGAAAGGGGAUGAGCCUUUGACGCUAGGCAACAACAAGGCGGAUUAA